UUCUGGGACGCCAGUUAAAGUGCGAGCAUCAAUCCUGCCGACGACCCUUGGGGAUGGUGGCUCUGCGCGUUUAAGCCAGUCUGCUCAAAGCUACUGCUUAUACUCUUUUAGGUUUAUGACAUUUCACGAAAAGCAUUUUUGUUUGAAUUUGUUAAACACGGGACGUUUAAAUUGCCAUAUGAGUUUUGGAGAAAAGUGAGCCAGACUUGUUCAUCAUCAGAGGGGCGCCUUGGAAGUUCGUAGACUGUGGAGCAUCGGCGGGGCGCAGCGGCUCCCUUGGCACAGCGCGGUGGCAGACAGACGCCGAUCUGCGGGGACUUCUGCCGUGCUUUGUAAAUUACUCUCUGGGUAUGCAUCGUGAAAAAGCUGCACUUGGCCUCUGGACACUCGUCCUGCUUCUUAAGGUGGCCCCCGCAAACGCCUGCCCCAGCAAUCGCUACACCCUCUCUGGGGAGUGCUGCAGGCUGUGCCCUGCGGGAUUCGGCGUGGCUGCUGAGUGCGGCAGAGAGAACACAAAGUGUGAACCGUGUCAGGAUGCGCGAGGAAGCGGAACACUUGGGGCCGGCACCUUUUCGGAGGAGAGCAGCAAUGACCGGACAUGCCAGCCCUGCUCCCGGUGCCAGGACAAUGAGGUGGAAAUCCGGGCCUGUCAGCCCAACUCAGACACGCUGUGCAUGGAGAGGCACCUACACAUCUUAUCCAGGGCCACUGAGUCGGACGGCCCCCGCAGGGAGGGGGUUGAGGCCAGCCCAACCUCGGGGGAGCCCAGGUUCACCCCUCAGGAUGAGGGCGGCAACAGCAUCAUCCCCGUCUACGUGUCCGUUUUAGCUGCAGUCGUGCUUGGGCUCCUGUUCUACGUCGCUUACAAGUGCCGGACAUCCUGCAAGCAGAAGCAGGCCCUGGGAAAAGCCCGGAGCGGAGACGGCAGCAGCGCCCCCGAGGGAGAGAAGCUGCACAGCGAUAGCGGCGUCUUCCUGGACUCCCACAGCCUGCAGGAGACCCAGCUCAGCAAAGGCAGUAAGCGGGACAGCAAGCUGGACACAAGGCUCUACCUGAACGUGGCCCCCCACAGGCAGGAGGAGGUGGAGCGCCUGCUGCAGGAGGGUGGCGACUGGAGCUGGAGGCAGCUGGCAGCCCAGUUAGGGUACGAACAGAAGCAGACGGACAUGUUCGGUCGCGGGGAGGACCCGGUGCACACGCUGCUGUCCGACUGGGCCGCGCAGGACGGCUCCACACUGGGCGUGCUCUGCUCCGCCCUGACCAAGAUCGACAGGGGCGACGUGGCCACGCUUCUCUGCUGCCCCACGCAGGGAAGCUCUGUGGUCUGAGUGUUGGACCAGCCCCCAGACUGACUGCCCCACCUCCAGGGGGAGUGUGUGAGCGUGUGUGUAUUUGCCAGGCGGAGGGGGGCGAUUGACAUCCGGAAAUCAAUCUGCAGUAUGAAUGGCAGCUCCCGUCAGCUGGAUUUUCCACAAAUGCCGCCUCCUCAUCUGCAAGCCACUGAUGCAAGAAAAUAAUCCCACUACAUCUUACGGGCUCUGGGACUCGGGUCAGCAUGAGCUAACAGAGCAUUUGCUGCGGUCCUGCGUGCCUCGCUGCCUCAGAGGUGCCUCUUCCACCCGCACUGCUCAUCCUCCCCAUACCCCACAGCCUGAAACUAAGCUGGCUCUACUCUGCUCAGUCCUUUCACUCUGCUUCUGUCCUCCACAUUGUCUCUGCUCUCAACUAUUUCUGUGACCCUUUGCAUCCAGAAAAAGGUGGUUAGGAUUUAAAAAUUAGAAAAAUUUUCCAAGAGAAGCCACUUCUUUAAGCCACCCGAAUUUUGCCCGAUGUGGUGCGGGAUUCUCUUUGUUCAAUGUUAUCUUACAUGUAUCUUGUUAUAAGCGUCUCAGUAUGUUAAGAGAUCUUGUAUAAUAUUCUAGCUUGUUAAAUAAAUAAAUAAAUAAAUACA